CAUUUUCACACAGGCAUUCCUGUGAACCAGCUCUACACUUCCUGGCCGGGGUCUUUCGCAGCAACACCCUUCCAAGAUGGCAGCCAACAGUAGCAGCACGGGUAGCAAAUCCAGCAACAGUGCCGGUGGGAAACAGUCCGGCCCGUCCGCCGAACAGGUGGUCGCAACAUUUCAGAGGAUGCGUCAGGAGCAGCGCAGUAUGGCCUCUAAAGCUGCAGAGUUUGAGAUGGACAUCAACGAACACAGCUUAGUAAUUGAAACCCUGAAGGAUGUGGACCCCUCAAGGAAAUGCUUUCGUCUGGUAGGAGGAGUGCUGGUGGAGAGGACGGUUAAAGAAGUUCUACCAGCGUUGGAAUCCCACAAAGAACAGAUCUCCAAAAUAAUCGAGACCAUCAACGCACAGAUGCAGACGAAAGGACGGGAGCUCACAGAGUACAGGGAACGCUACAACAUCCGGUUGGUAGGAGAGGGAGAAUCAGACGCACAAGGCCAGUCGGCGUCUUCGAGGGACAGUGAAGGAGGCGGGUCUAAAAGCGGAGCUGGCGUUCUAGUGUCGUAAUUUGUCAAAGUAGAUCACAGCAGUAGGGCCUUAUGAUUUCUGCAGUACUGAAAACACAGUUGGAGUCACAAAAUCUAGGUUGAAAAAUUGGGCUUUUCACAGGAUAACCUUGGUUGAGACGAUUGGUGAAAUUUAUGCUAAACAUAAUACACUUGGUAUCAAAGUACAGUACACAUAGUUCUCUGCUUACGUAUGUGAAUGCUAGUGUGUGUAAAAAAAAUAAGGGUGUUUGUCUUGCAUCUGCCUUGUCAGUGAAGCUGACUUUUUUUAUUUCUGAAAUAUUGUGGCAUAAAUUAAACAACUGAAUUCACGUACUUGUUUUAGUCUUACUUUCAUCACACAUGAGUUAGUAAAUAGUUUACUGUCUUAGAUCACAGAAAUUAGUUUUUUAUUCUUGUUCUGUUAUUACAAAGUUUAAAAACAACAAGCAUACAAUAUAUGAAUGCUCACAGGUAUUAAAUAAUAAAACAAGGUUAAAGUUCAUUUUUAAAGUAAACAUGCUUUUGAAUUUUGUAAACUUCAUAUUUUGGACUAACAACUUAAAAAUUGGUCACAGGGCCCUAAAGUAUGUUGAGCUGUGCAAAUGAGUCACCUUUGCCAAGGCAGCACAGGUCCUGGAAGGCAUUUUGACAACAUGUGUUAUGAGCAUGAACCUGAGUUUAUACUGUAAACAUGUCACUAUAGAUCAAAACAAAUCUGUUGGCUUUGUUGAACCUCCCUCUGUGAAACAUGAAUCAUAAAAUUUGUCCACACAUAAGCCAUGCACAGCUGGACGUCAGUGCUACUGCCACACUUUAACAGUAAAGCCCCUUCAUUGAAAACACAAUAAAAACCUAUAUUCUCUCUGAUCUAUAGCACAUGCUUGAGCUAUGAGUUGUUCUGUUACUUUUUUUGGCACAAUCUAAAUUGAAGAAAUGCCCCCUAGGACCUGAUGUGUGCUGUCCACACUGUUAAUGUAGUUGUGAGGAGAAAAAACAUGUUUUGUUGAUAGUCAUGAAUAAAAGAAUGUCACAGUUGUGCUUCA